GGUUGAAAUUGUCUUGACGAAAACUCAUGUGAAUGCGAUUUGAUGGCAGGAAUCGAUCAAAGCAACACAUUAUGUCAAGAUAUCAGAGAGUUAUCUCUGCAAUCUAUCACAGUUAUAGCCAUGCUAACCUACCUUAAAUAGGCGAGUUGAAAAUGGCUUUUUGUAUUGACGUACAUCUUAUAUUUAUAUAUACUUGUUGUUUGGGCAGCUAUCGUGAAUUUACCAGGUAAUCAUGCAGAUCAAAAGUUAAGUUGAUGGCAAAAACAUGCCACCAUACUGAAUGCAUAUGUAGAGUACACAUGCUAAUAUUACCGAAAGGGAGCAGAAAAUGCGAUGAACUUAACACACUCAGGGAAAUCUAUAUAGCCAUCUCGUCUUUGAUACAGUCAAUUCUAAACAAGAUAAAAUAGCCCCCAUAGUAAAUGUUAGUUUGAAAACUCGAUGGUUUAUACGGAAAUAACUGUAGAUAAAUGAGGCCAUUGUGACAUUUGUGUUUAAGUGCCAGUAAUGCGAAUCGACCUAAGCAUCAGAUUAAUUAUACUUUCAUGGGGGAAAAAUCAUUUAAGUUUUCAUCAAAAGUAAACGUCACAGUCACAGGCUUAUGGUUUUUCUAUGGUUGUUAACCGUAAUCUGUCUUUGAAUGUGAUGGAUCAGGUACAAAAGGGAGGAGUGUAACGUUCCAGUGUUAUACACAAAACAGGUAGUUUUUUUAAAUUGUCACUUGAAUUCUAUGGGUUAAAAAUGCGAUUGGAAGUUUUUACUCUAGUUUUGUGUUUAGGGAUUUUGUCCCAAGCUUUGGUGAUCCAUGACCCUACGAAGGACCAGUCCCUUCCUACUGGAACCCGAAAGGCGACAUUAAAAUCACAUCUCGACCAGUCGUCAUUAAAUCCGAUUCCUAGAUCGCCUUCUGCUAGCGCACUGGGCUUUAACAAUGGAUUAAACAUUGGUCAAAUCAGUCCAUUUUCUCCGACAAAUCUAGAUCCCCGUGCAGGAACUAAUGGUUUUAACCAAUUCACUGGUGGUGUACCAGUUAACACAGCCCAGGGUAUUUUCCCAGUAGGUCCACAAAAUCCGGGUCCUCCAUCUACCUCAAACCGAGCUCGAAUUGAUGCUUUCUUUGGAUCUCUACCAGUAAGCACUGGUCGUGGUGGUUUGCCAGUAAGUCCACAUUCUCCUGAUAUACCAGUCAAUUCUAGACGCCAUGACAGCCGAACGGGUCGUUUGCCAGCAGGAGCACAGGUUAUUUUUGUGCCAGUUAGCCCACAUCAGCAUGAUGAAUCCGUUCCUUCACGACGAAGGGCACCGGUUACCCCUCGUCGAUUUUUUCCUGAUCAGAUAGAUCCACGCCAUCGUGAUGUUUCAAUUGGUUCAAAUGGUCACCAUCAUGAUCCACAUCACCAUGACGCACCCGUGAAUCCACCUCAUCGUGACCCACAUCACCAUGGGGUACCCGUGAAUCCACGUCAUCGUGACCCACAUCACCAUGACGUACCCAUGAAUCCACGUCAUCGUGACCCACAUCACCAUGACGUACCCGUGAAUCCACGUCAUCGUGACCCACAUCACCAUGACGUACCCGUGAAUCCACCUCAUCGUGACCCACAUCACCAUGACGUACCCGUGAAUCCACGUCAUCGUGACCCACAUCACCAUGACGUACCCGUGAAUCCACGUCAUCGUGAUCCACAUCACCAUGACGUACCCGUCAAUCCACCUCAUCAUGAUCCACACCAUCAUGAUGUUCCUAUUGAUGAUUUUAAUAUCUUUAGUCCUACCCACAAGAUUGGAGAUCUAGUACCCAUCAUGCGACAUGGCCAUGUAGGAGUCCCACGCUCACCACUACCACCGCCGCAUGGUCAGGAAUGUCAAUUCAGGGGCUGUUCUAUUGGUCAGGAGUGCGUGAUAGCCAAGACUAUAGUGACGAAGAGCGAGACCCUCUGUCCCCGGGCCUAUAGCGGGAGGUGUGUUUGUGUCCCGGGCUGUGUCCACGAUCACAAAUUUAUCCCGCAUGCGUUUCUGAAGUAUGAGGGAAAAUGCAAAUACUGCAAAUGCUUCCCUGAUGGCCGGGUCGAAUGUAGAAAAUCCCCAGCCUGUGUUGCCGACAGACAGAGAGAUCGUCAUAUUCGCAGGAAGAUUCGAAAAAAUCGGAAAAGGCAAAGAAAGACUAUAUCAAUAGCAGGUGUCAUCAACCGCCUUCUAGGAACUUUCCUUGGAUAAUAUGAUGAAGCCUUGAAAUAGUUUCAAAUUGUUGUAUACGUAAAUGAUGAAGAAUGAUAAAAUUGUUGAAAAAUACACCCAUUAAAAGGCCCUGUUAAAUUCAGUACAUAUUGUACAGUUAGGCAAGUGUAUACAACCAAUUUCUCCCAUGUUCGAUUUUGAAGUAGCUUAUUGUUGUCAAUGAUAAGAUUGCCAUCUUUUCAUUGUGUAGAAUUUCCUGAAAAUAACAUGGUUGUCAACUAUGUACAUGAUUUUAUAUGUACAAUGUAUAUGGAGGCACAAGCUUUUAAAACAACACGAUCUCCUGCAUGUUUUACCAUAGUUGUCAACUAACCGGAUUUCGUCGGGUUAUAUCCGAUUUUUCGACCCACAACUCGAUUAUUUUUAUGAUCCGGUGGGUCAAGCUUGUUACCCAAUUUUUGUUGAACCCGAAAAUCACCAGAUUUCCGGAUUGGUGUUGUAAUUUGUUCACAUGUGUGGUUUCCAGGUUGCAAGAUUGUACGGACAAAAACAAAGUCAAUGGUCAUGUAAAGUAGAGCCAAGUUAUUAUAGCCCACGGCAGGUUUUAACAAUUCUCCAUGAGUUGUUUAGAUAAAUCGGAGGGUGAAGCCAUUUUGUUAAAUGGCUUUUGGUAGGAAAAAAUCAUGAUUGGGACCAGUGGGGUUGACACCGACAAAAACAAAACGAUAUCAAUGUACAUUUCAAAGAAUUUGGGAGGGUGACUUUCCAUUUUUGGCAUUGUAAUCAGAACUUAAAGCCAUGUUACUAUAGAAAAAUUGUCUUUUUCUAAUUUUCUAGCAGAACACAACCAAGCUGUCUUACUUUUGAAUAUUUUCCUUCUCAAAUAGCUUUAACAAUUCAAACUGCACCACUGUAACUUGCAAUGCUUCUUUACAAUAAAAUAGUUCACAAUUAG